UUAAAACAGUAGCAAACAAUUUUUUGUUCAUUUGUGGAUCGCUUAAUAAGCUACGAAUACAAAAUGGAAAAAGAUUAUUUCCAGCUAAUGAAAUAGAAAAAAAGUCAAAAUGUUUGGUUUUAAACGUUCAUCUGUGCAGUUAUUAGUGAUUUUGUCCUGGUGUUUGCAAGAGUGGACGUUUAAUAAUGUGGUAUUAUGGUACAUAUUCGCGUGUGGGGUGUGGCUGUCUGGAUUAUUGUGUUUGUUGACAUAUGACCAUGACUAUUGGUCGGACAGAGGGGUGUUUUCACCCCCGGCUUGGCCUCUCGUCGGCCAUAUAUUAUCUGUGGUCCUAUUUAGGGAGCAGGGAGGAAUCUGCUUCCUUAAGAUCUAUAAUAAAUAUAGACAUCUCAGGUUUUUGGGCACCCACCAAUUUUUCCAACGAACCCUGGUUAUCCUGGACCCAGCCCUCAUCAGACGGGUGUGCGUGACCGACUUCUCGCACUUCGUAGAUCGUGGCUUCUUCUUCAAUGAGGAAGUGGAUCCCCUAGCGGGGUCUGUGCUGUUUCUACGAGGACAGGAAUGGCGCCGGCUGAGGGCCAAGAUAUCCCCUAUAUUCUCGCCAAACAAACUAAAAGGCAUGUUCCCAAUAAUAGAGAACACAGCUCAAGAGUUCAUCAAGCGCGUCACAACGCUGCACUUUAACUCCGUGAUAGACUCGGAGCGUCUCCUGGGCGGCUAUACGGCGGACGCCAUAGUGCCCUGCGCGUUCGGCGUCAAGAGUCAUGUCAUGGACGAUCCGAAGGACCCGUUUGCUGUGGCGCUACACGCCUUUUAUGAGAUGACGCCGUUCAAUCUGUUUGAGAAGACAAUGAGGCAGUUCUGGCCCGCGUUCUGCAUGUUCUUCAGAUUGAAGAUUAUCCCACAGAAGACGCACGACUUCUUCUACAACAUAGUCACCAGCGUGUUGAGGGACCGAGAGAAUGGCGUGCCGGAUAAGCGGGGUGACUUCAUAGACAUGAUGAUGGCUCUUCGAAACGAUGACAAAAACAACAACAGGGCGGAUAAGGACGAAGAUCACGUAGAAAUCACGGACAUGGUCAUAUCAGCCAACGCCUUCAUAAUAUUCCUCGGCGGGUUCGAAACCACUUCUGCGACCCUCGCCUUUCUGCUCCUGGAGCUGGCUGCCCAUCCAGACGUCCAGGACAAGCUGAGACAGGAGAUACUGCACGUGGUGGGAGAGGGGGAGAUGACGUAUGAUAUGCUGCAGGAACUGACGUAUAUGGAUAUGGUUAUACAAGAGACGCUGAGACUGUACCCGCCCUUCCCUAACAUCCAGCGGAUAUGUACCAGAGACUACGUCAUCCCAGAAACUGGGCACAUCAUCGAGAAGGGCACAGUGGUGCUGUUUCCUACUCUUGCCAUACAGAGAGAUGAACAGUUCUUCGACUCAGCCGGCUCAUUUAAUCCAGAGCGGUGGAGCGGCCCGGCGCCGCCGCCCGGCGUCUACAUGCCGUUUGGUGACGGACCUCGCGUCUGCAUAGGUAAACGAUUCGCGAUGAUCCAGAUGAAGUGCUGCAUCGCGCGCCUGCUGCGUGUCGUGCGCGUGGCGCCCGCGCCCCGCGCCCCGCCGCGCGCGCGCCCCUUCCGCCCCGACCCGCGCUCGCCGCUCGCGCUGCACCCCGGCGACUCCACGGUCACCAUCAGCCGCGUGGCAUCAUCAUAGCGCCGUUGAGCGUGGAUCGCGUGUCACUUGUGUGCCGCUGCUC